CUGGAAUAUAGAAGGAGGGGAGGCUAUUCAGAUUGACCGCAGCGCUUGUAAUCUAAAGAAUCCGGAACGUGUUUAUACAUUUCCCAGACUGCAGCAGUAACAACGGGAAGUGUACCGCUUGGCUAAGGAGUUUCUCGCUGAGUGUAUUUAUUCAAACAGAGAUGUCGUGUUCAUUAGAAAAUGUAUUGUCAGACGCCAAGUCGCUGGUGGAAAGACUUCGCAACCAUGACAAUGCAGCGGAAGUACUUAUCGAACAGACAACGUCCCUUAACAAGAGGGUGGAGGCCAUGAAACAGUAUCAGGAGGAGAUUGAGUUGCUGAACCGGGUAGCCCGGCAUCGGCCCCGUUCCAGCCUCGUCAUGGGCAUCCAGCAGGAAAACCGGCAGAUCCGUGACCUACAGCAGGAAAACAAAGAGUUGAGAACCUCCCUGGAGGAACACCAGUCUGCCAUAGAGCUCAUCAUGACUAAAUACAGGGAGCAGGUCUUCAGACUCCUCAUGGCCAGUAAGAAGGACGACCCAGCCAUCGUCAACCAAUUAAAGGAGCAGCACACUACUGUGAGUGAACCACCCUCUUCUAGUGUCACAUCGCACUCAGGAGCUACCCUUUCUUCUUGUAUCGAAGAAGUUCAAAGCAAAUAUUUAUAUUGUUUCUAUUCUAUGACUCUGCAGGAAAUGCAAGCGCACAUAGAAAAGAUCAACGAGAUGGCUACGGUGAUGAGGAAAGCCAUCGAAGUGGACGAGGGGAGGUUGUGUGAAGAUGAGGAGAGGAUCAAGCAACUAGAGCUGGAGAACAGUGGUCUUCGUGAGCUGCUAGGGAUCAGUCGAGAAGCCUUCCUAGUUCUGACGAGAGAGGAGGCCUCGGAUAGCACAUCCCUGUCUGCCCUGUUGACCAGUGCCGACAUCAGCCUCCGGAAGAGUUAGGCCCACACCAGCACGAGCUUGGAGUGUGUGUAUAUGCCCCCCACCUUGUACAGACCAUACCCCCCCCCAAUCACCUACAGCCACACAGACUCCCAGAGUGCACUCAACAACGAACGAUGCCCCAGGUCAUACUGCCGCCCAACUGUCACACUACAUUGGAGGUAUACAGUUGGAAGCCUCUGAGACAAAUGGGAAAAUCCUCCAACAGUUUAGUCUGUCAUGCAUUUAGUCUUGGCACGCAUUGAGCCUGUGGGGUUUUAAAGUGUGAAUGAGUGGAAGUGCUGCUCUUGAAUGACAAUAAAACACUUGAAAGAAACAUGUUAAAGUUUGGCCAGUGCCCUCCGGCUGAAACCUAGUGGUGGGAAAAACGUAUGUGUGAACAGGACUAUUUGGAAUGCAUAUCUUACUGUAUGGUUGCACCAUGAUACAUCACAACUUCACUGAUGACAAACGUUUGGGACAAGAGGAGCAGAGAAACAAGUGAUUUUUAGGAAAAACAAUUUAUCAAAUUUCUCACAACAAAACAAACACUGUAGAGUCUACAGAACUGUGAUGUUCUGAAAGACGCAUUCAAGCCCAACAGUCUCAUUGACUUCUAUGCCGCCCUCCCAAACGACACAUAUCCAAACAUCAAAAAACACGCAAUGAAAAUGUCCACAGUUUUUGGCAGCACGUAUAUCUGCGAGAACCUUUUCUCGCAUGAAACUGCUGAAAACCCCGAUGAGAUCAAGAUUGACAGAUGAACAUUUGCAUCAGUGCUUGAGACUGGCUGUAACUAGAAUGGAACCUGAUAUUCAACUUCUCACCAGCCAGAUGCAGGCCCACAGUUCACACUGAUGAACAUACAUAGGGAAGUUGAUGAGAGAGAGCUGCAAACAGCGGUGUCUACAAGCCUACUGGAACCUACAAAAGGAUUAUAAGGAAGGAACACAAUAACUUUAAGAGACUGCUCAUAUGUGUCAGAGAGAUUCUGCUCUGACAACUGAGCUGAACUUUUAUCUGUUAAGAUUGUGCAUGGCACGACAGAAAGUUAAUGUUCCAUGGCUUUUUUUUCUAUGAAGAACCCAGAGAGUUAUUUAGUUAUUAUUUAUUUCCUGUUUUUUCUAUGAAGAACUCAGAGAGGGUUAUUUAGUUAUUAUUUAUUUCAUUAAUAGUGUUAUUAUUUGUUUCCUGACUUUUUUUCUGUAAAGAACCUGGAAAGGGUUAUUUGGUUAUGUGUGGCUUUCUGGAAAACAAUACAUUUUUUAAGCUCCCCUAC